AUGGUCCGACCCCGGCAUCCCUCGACUUCCAUCGGCGACACAGCCUGGCUGCUGGAGAGCGCCAGCGAUCACCUGGCGCCUCCGGCCAGCCAGGAGUCGGACCCGCUCGCAGCAGGGGCUGGGGAUGGCGAACAGAUUGACGAAGACUCGGCCGCACGGCUCACCGGCCGACAGAAGCGCAUCCUGGGCGGCCUGUCCUUGGGCGGCCUGCUGGCCGGCUGCUGCAUCGCCAUCAUGAUCCCGUUCUUCCCGCACGAAGCGCAGCGGCGCGGCCUGCCACAGACCUACUCGGGUGCCGUGUUCAGUUGCUACGCGCUGGCGCAACUGCUGGCGUUUCCAGUGAUGGGUCGAUUGGCUCCUCGGGUCGGUGUUUCAAGACUCUAUAACGUCGGUCUGGCGACUGCAGGAGUGACGACUACUGUGUUUGGAACACUACCACACAUCCAGGACUCGAUGGCGUUCAUCGGUGCUUGUUUCGCGUGUCGUGCUCUGGAGGCGGUCGGAACGGCGGCCAUGCACACGGCUGCUAGAGCCAUCAUCAUCAACCAGUUUCCACGGAGCCCGAACACGGCUAUGAGUAUCUCGGAGACCCUGGCCGGUCUGGGCCUGUCGCUGGGCCCGGCGCUUGGCGGCGGCCUGUACCAGCUGGGCGGCUACGGCACGCCGUUCUACACCCUGGGAGGUCUGAUGCUCGUCUCCUCUGCCACCAACCUGUGGCUGAUGCCGUCCGUGCGGGAGGACACCCUGCCGGCAGCGGGGGCGCCGCGGCGCGGCCCGCCCGGCGCGCGGCUCCUCCGCUUCCUCAGCGCCGCAGAGAACUGGCUCUGCUGCUCCGUGGUGCUGGUGGUGGCGAUGUACGUCACCGCACUCGACCCCAACAUCGAGCCGUACGUUCGCGUCGCGCUGGGAGUCACCCCUGCCGAGCUGGGCCUCUUCUUCCUGGUCUCUGCCGGCUGUUACACGGCCGCCAGCCUGGUCUGGGGCCGUCUCUCCGACAACAUCUCCAACACGUACGUGCUGACGGCGCCGUGCCUGCUGGUGGGCGCCGUCGGCAUCCUGCUGAUCCCGCCGUCGCCGCUGCUGGUGGGCCUGCAGCCCGUCUGGUGGCUCACCAUGCUCGGUAUGGUGGUGAGGGAGAUGACCACGGGUGGCGCGUUCAUCCCUAUCAUGCACAGGAUGGUGCGAGUGUGUGUCGCUCACGGCAUGGAGAACAACCUGUCCACGCAGGCGUUCGUGUCGGCCGUCUUCGGCGCCGUGUUCUCCAUCGGUAACGUGGUCGGACCGACGCUGGGAGGCUACAUCACUGACCUGUACGGCUUCCCGGUGGCUGCCACCGGUCUAGCUGGAUUCGGCGUGCUCGUGGCGAUCGCCUGUGUUGUAGGGGCAGUGGUGACGCGCAACUCACUGCCCAAGUGA